UGAGCGGGACAGCCCGGGGAGGGGAUAGGCAGCAGGUCUUGCUGGGGAAGGGGAGGCAGGAGGAGGCUCCUAUUGUCAACUGGGAAGAAAGUUCAUUGUUGGGAGGGAGAGAGAGAACUUUUCAAAUGCGAUUUGCCUUCUGCUUGGGGCUUGUGGGCCGGUGCUGCCUGAGGAAGGCUUGUUCUGAGCCGGAGUCUAUGGCAUGCGUGCUGAGGAACAUCUGCCUGGAUUCAACGCUAUGAAGAAAAGUCAUUUUAUCUGAGACCCGCAAAUUGACACAAAUGUACAGGCCAGCCGACCCUAUGAAAAGCCGUCUUAAAAUGCAGGUGUCAUCGAGACUGAGAAGUGUGGAGGUGGCAAGGGGAAGAACAGGAUAUGGUUUCACUCUCUCCGGACAGUCCCCAUGUGUGAUAAGUAGUGUCAUCAAGGAAAGUCCAGCUGAGUUUGUUGGGCUGAAACCAGGAGACCAGAUAUGUGCCGUCAAUGAGAUCAACGUUAAGAAUGCAUCGCAUGAAGACGUGGUGAAACUGAUAGGGAAAUGUUCAGGCGUUUUGCAUAUGGUGAUUGCUGAGGUAAUACGUCACAUAGACUCAUGUUCCAGUGAUGAGGAACUUGCCUUCUAUGAAGGGAAAACUUGUCUGAAGCCAAGACCUGAUUCAAAAGCUUUGGGCAUCAAUAGAGCCAAGAGGGUUGUCGAGGAAAUGCAGUCUGGGGGAAUUUUUAACAUGAUUUUUGAAAAGCCUUCAUCUAAUGCUGCAAAAGGUGAUAAUCACGCACCAAAACAGAGGUCCAGAUCUAUGUCUGCUUCUCAUUAUGAAACGAGACGGGAAAAGGCGAAUAAAGUGGAUGUGCUCUCAAAGGAGGAGAUAUCAAAGGUGCUGAGCAAUGACUGUCUUUUCUCGAAUGGCACAGACAAUAUGGAGGAUUUUGAGCUUGACGCAAGUAUUCUAAAUGUUGGGAUGGUCGUUGGCUACCUCGGCUCCAUUGAACUCCCUUCUACGAGCUCAAAUCUUGAGUAUGACAGUUUGCAGGCCAUCCGUGGGUGCAUGAGGAGGCUGAGGGCUGAACAGAAAAUACAUUCACUGGUGCUGAUGAAGAUAAUGCAUGACAGCAUCCAGUUGUGCACUGAUAAGAAUGGCGCAAUAGCUGUUUAUCCUGCUGAAAAGCUAGCAUUUAGCGCUGUUUGUCCUGAUGACAGAAGGUUUUUUGGCCUUGUCACCAUGCAAAGCCCUGACGAUCAAAGCCUGGCCGAAGAAGAAGGGGUUUUGAGAACAUCGUGCCACGUAUUUAUGGUAGACCCUGAACUGUUCCAUCACAAAAUACAUCAAGGGAUAUCCCGCAGAUUUGGAUUUGAAUGUACCCCAGAUCCAGACACCAAUGGAUGCCUAGAGUUCCCAACCUCGUCUUUGCCUGUGCUGCAGUUUAUCUCUGUGCUGUAUAGAGACAUGGGGGAGCUGAUUGAAGGAAUGAGAGCGAGGGCUUUUCUGGAUAAUGAUGCAGAUGCCCAUCAGAAUAACAGCACCAGCAGUAACAGUGACAGCGGCAUUGGGAAUUUCAACCAAGAAGAGAAGCCCAAUCGAGUGUUAGUUGUCGAUUUAGGAAGUGCACCGAGCAAGCACAACCCACAUGCACUACGGGAGGCUGCUGGAGGAAGAGCACAAAGCCAUCAGGCUGCUCUGCACUGGAAUGGUUACCCUAAUGAAGAAGAAGGACAUUUUUCUUUACAAGGAGCUCACGCUGAUAAGCAGCAAAAUUUUAAGAAGCAUUUAGGCCCAUCAGCCCGUAUUGAAGUUCCAGUGGUUCCAACAAGAGGCCCAGUACCGCCAUCAAAGAAAGCAACUACUUUGGAUGGAGGGGGUCAGAGGUGGUUGCCUGUGCAUGUGAUACGGGACUGGCAACACGGAAAUAUCAGUGAUCAGGAGUCUUACGCAGACUCCACAGAUGGAUGGUCUAGUAUUAACUGUGGUACCCUUCCUCCUCCAAUGAGCAAAAUUCCAGCUGACAGAUACCGGGUGGAAGGAAAUUUUGGGCAGCCUCAGCCUGUAACUCGCAAAGUUGAAAGUUGGACUAAAAAAGUGUUUGAUGUACAUAAUAAAUUCGGAGCUUCACAUAACUCUGCCAGAGCCAGAGAGGAUAGAAAGAGCUCAAAGCCUUCCCACUUGGUUCAAGCCCCACAGCGCUCUUCUGGUAGAAGGUCGUUUGGAAGAUCUAAAAGGUUCAGCAUCACUCGAUCCCUGGAUGACCUUGAGGCUGCCACAGUCUCGGAUGGAGAGCUGAAUAGCACUGACCUGAAGGGAUGCAUCAGUGAGAACAGCCUGAGCAGCAAUGCCAGCCUUCCAAGUGUGCAGAGCUGCAGGAGGCUGGGGGAGCGCAGAGUCGCAAGCUGGGCCGUGUCAUUUGAACGCCUAUUACAAGAUCCUGUUGGUGUCCGGUACUUCACGGAAUUUUUAAAGAAAGAAUUUAGCGAAGAAAACAUAUUGUUCUGGCAGUCGUGUGAAUAUUUCAGCCGCAUUCCCAUCCAUGACAAGAAUGAGCUCUCCUACAGAGCCCGGGAAAUCUUCAACAAGUUCCUGAGCAGCAAGGCAACAACUCCAGUUAACAUUGAUAGCCAAGCGCACUUGGCCGACGAUGUGCUCAAUGCUCCUCACCCGGAUAUGUUUAAAGAGCAGCAACUCCAGAUAUUUAAUCUGAUGAAGUUUGACAGCUACACGAGGUUUCUGAAGUCCCACCUGUACCAGGAAUGUAUGUUGGCAGAAGUUGAGGGUCGGUCACUCCCAGAUCCCCAGGAGGUUCCCAGCAGCCCCACGUCGAAGCACAGCAUCAGCUCGGAACGAUCCAACAUCUCUACCCCGAAAAAGCAGCAGCUGAGUAAGAAAAACCGUUCCGGAAGAUCCCUCAACGAAGAGUCCGGAGGUGAAGACGAUAACGAAAGGAAGAAGAAAGGGGCAUUCUUUUCUUGGUCCAGAAGUAAAAGCAUUGGCAAGUCACAGAAGAAAAGAGAGAAUGGGGAAAUUUCCGCAGCAGAUUGCUCCCAUAUCAACGGAGGGAACAGCAGGAGGCGAGGAUCGCAGGGCUCUGUGUCCUCCUCAGCGAGUCUUGAGCUGAUUAACUGCGGCACUAAUGGAAAUGCACUCGAGUUUGAGUCUUCGCGAGUGUCUUCCCUGCAUGAGAAAGAGAAGGUCUCCAAGCAGUGUUACAUCAGUCUUCCGGACGGUUCAUCCUGUGCCAUGGUUGUUAAAUCUGGGCUCUCCAUUAAGGAUAUGCUAAGUGGGCUGUGUGACAAACACGGAUUCAACAUCGCUGCUGUCGAUCUUUUCUUAAUUGGCGGAAAUAAGCCCCUUGUGUUGAGUCAGGACAGCAGUAUUCUAGAAUCUCGGGAUCUCAGAAUAGAAAAGCGGACUUUAUUUCGGUUGGAUCUUGUUCCAAUCAACAGAUCCGUGGGUCUCAAAGCUAAGCCUACCAAGCCUGUGACAGAGGUUCUGCGGCCUGUGGUCGCUAAAUACGGACUGAAUCUUACUGAACUGGUAGCAAGGCUUAGCGGGGAGCAUGAACCCCUUGACUUGGGCCUUCCCAUCUCCAAUCUGGAUGGCCAACGUGUGGUUUUAGAAGAAAAGGAAAACCUCAGAGGGAAAGAGAAGCAGAAGGCACCCGUGUUAAAACCCAGCCCCACGGUGAUAAGCGGACCCAGAAGUCCCUCAUCAGCGGGAGAGGACAGGCCCCUGGUAAAGUCUGCCUCUAUCAGACUGAAAAGGGAAAACGGCAAAGGUUCCAGAGACGCUCGACUGCUGAAUAAAGACGAGCCCGUUGUACGGCCGGGUAGAAGAAGACAGCAAAAAAUCAAUUUGGAUGAAGCGGAAGCAUUCUUUGAAAUGAUUUCAAAAGCCCAGAGUAACAGAGCAGAAGACCAGCGUGGUCUCCUACGUAAAGAAGACUUGGUCCUUCCAGACUUUCUGCGUUUGACUCCGUCUGAAUCUGUCUCCUCGACACCAGCCGGUUCGAAUUCCAAUAACAAAAGGCCUGGAAGGAGAGAUAGCGGAGAUAGGGCAGCUCCUUCUUCCCGUGCCAUGAACGGUACAAGGCAAGAGACCCCACCCAAGUGCACCGACAGACCGCUGAAAUCAGGUGGUUUGGACAGGAGAGACAAGCCGGACUUUUUGCAAGCCGGCAGCCGGAAACCUUACGUCCCCUUUAAUGCACCUCUGUCACCAAUACCACAUGUACAAGAGCGGAACAAGCCCGGCAAGGAGAGACACUCCAGAGACUUGCCCUUGGACAAUAUACAGACCAUAGAGGAUGAGAAUGUGGCAGAUCUGACACUAGUGGCUGAAGGGGACAUUAGCAGCCCCAACAGCACCUUACUGCCACCUCCGCCAAGUCCGCCUUGUGAUCUGAGUAAGCUAUCCGAGGCCAACUUUUCGCCCCCACCUUCAUUUAUGGGUAGCCAGGAUAACUCUGGAUAUCAGAGAUCAGGUAUUUCUAGAUUUUAAUCUCUCUCUUUAGAUCUCGUGUGUUUCAUGAUUUUUUUUUUUUUUUUUUUUGCUUCGAAGAUUUUUAAAGCCAAUGGUUGCACUUUAAAAAAAAAAAAGAAAAAGAAAAUGCAGAAUUGCACAUUUUUUUUUAAAACAAAAUUCACAUUUUUAUUUUUCUAAACUUUAAAUGUAUAUCGGAUGAAUUCCAUAACACUACUGCAGAACAGUAGGCAUGGCGGGAUACGCCGACUACGGACGUGCCAAAUCUGCCCACAUCCUAUUUAUUGUCACGUGUCAGAUACUCCACAUGCAACUCUGAGACAGAGAAAUCUUUUCUGCCCAAUCACAGGAUUAUUGGGGUUCCAUAGUGGGGAAUAUCCCAUAGCAGAGGACAAAUAGGCUAAUGUGGCCGAUUUUCUCUUGGGGGGUGUGGCCUAUCUGCUUCCAUAAAGGAUAGGAGAUGGCAGUUUUAUGUAUUUUUAACUCUUUUUAAAACACAAAUAUUCCCUAUUUAUUGGCAGGGUUUAUCUGCCCUUUACUGUGCCUUCAAUACAAACAAAGUAUAAGGCUCUAGUUUUUAGUGUAAUGUUUUUAAGUUGUGGCUCCCAGCAUUCCAUUUUCAACCAGCGACUGUGGGGGAACUGUAGUUUCACAACCUCUAUAUAAUAGCAUUUAUGCACUGGAGCUACAGCUCACUCCAUAGACUUCAGUAGUGCAGUUGAUCUGCCCUUGACCACUAGAAGACGCUAUUGCUUAGAUGUCUAAGGAGAAUAUGGCAGCCCCACAUAUAAGUAGAAAUGCAUUGUGGGUACAGUAAACAAUGCCCUUUUGUUUCCUAGAAAUAAAUAGAAGGCAAACCGCUCCAAGUGCGACAUUAGCCCCCGGAAAGGUUACCUUGGCUCCAGUGUCGCAAGAAUAAAACCCUAUUAUUUAACCUGCUAUUAAUCUCCACAUUUGACAUGAGAGGGUUAUCUUUCCCUUUGAAACCAGCUGUACUUUAGCAUUUGUGUUCAUACAUCGGAUGGAGUUGCGCCUUGCCGGCGCAGUUCCAGUGUAGCCCCCUUCCCCGUGUAAAUAGGCAAAUGCGACUGUAUUUUAUUUGGUAUCGGUAGUGUACAUGGACCCUUUUAUUUCAUGGUAUUUUUUAGAAGAUGGUGAAAAUCGGUACAAAUGAAAAAAAAACAAGUUGUAAAUAUAUAAAAUAUUCCUGUCUAGUUGAUAUUUUUGUAAGCAGACGCCAUAGACUUCAUUUCUGAUUAUUUUCAUGGCUCAGGCAAUAGUGAUAUGUAUUAUACUGUACAGGACAGUGAUGGGCGUAUGGGCUGAGCAGCAACUCCCACAAUCCUCUCUGGGGUUUGGUGCUCGGUUACAUUUGCCAUGAAUUACAUAGGACAAAGAUGUUUUUGGUAGAAGCAAAAAAAGAAGUGUUUGUAGCAUGCCUUGUGUGUUCCAAUGUGCUUGUGUAGGAACGGAUUUCCGCUAAGGUGCCUUAAAGGUAUUCCAGCAUUGCUGUCCAUCAGGUCCCCUAGUAUCAUACAUAGCACAGCCCUCGGGCUGGAAAUGACACUUGGUACGUUCCUACGGUCAUUUAUACCCAUGUGCGAGAUGUGGUACAUUCCUAGAGGAGGGGCCUAUAUUGGUGGCUAAGGAUGCAGCUAUGAUAUGGCCAAUAUCUGUGCCACUAAUCUAAGUAAAGGGCCUCUGCUGGGCUAACGGCCAAGGUACAGGCACCCCUCUAUGAACCCACCGCCCCAAAUAUCCUUGCAAAUUAUCACUUUUUUUUGUUUAUUGAACCAACCAACUGGCUGGAAUCGCUGUCCUUCAUUUUCUUGAUUGAUUUAGUCACCACAGCCUGAAUUUGCACUGUUGAAUGCCUUUAAGAGCUCCCAGCAAAUCCGUGACAAUGAAAUGAUCCUAUGCAAAGUGAACCGUGUCCGGCUUCUUACGAAAAUCCUACGUAGCGCAUAAUCCCGGCCAGUGCUGUGGGCAAGUGCUUAAUAACAUGUAAAGGUGGCUUAUGUUGCUUCAUAUACAGAUAGGCCUCAGGUUCUUGAGUCAGAACAUGGCGACAUCAUUGGCAUUAGCAUUAGAGUUCCCUCCUUCCUCAGCUACUGGCCAGCCCAGUCUGAUGAUGAUGAUGAUAUAGCGCCAUAGCUCACCCCAUUGAUGCGCCCUGUUUAGAUAAGAACUUGCAGCUCAUCCCAGACUGUUGAAGGAUCAAUAGAGGUUUGGCCUCCCACAGCCUCUGCCGAACACUGGGGCAGCGAGGACAAGGCCGCUGUGGGCGAGACAGUGUCAGUAUAAGGGAUAGCUGUGAGCUAGAGAAUCCAUACUGAUGUAAUGAAGCCAUACACUUGCCCUUGGCCGCAGCACAGGCCUGCAUUGUGCCUCAUUCCGAUUUGAUUUAUCUCUGCAUGCCACUUUCUCUCUCAGUUCUGCGAAGUGAUCAGACGCAGUGCAUGUAAAUACAGCGCCGCUGAGCCGAUCCUUUCCGCUUAAUAGGUCUCCUGAUUGUAGCCAAUUUGUGUGCAUUUUGUAUCUGUUCUUUCAAAAUGUAAUAAACACUGCCCCAUGCAUUGGGCUUCAUCCAU